AUGGAUCCUCCGCAAAACCAAGAGUCUGCUUUGGCCGACGACGGCAGUGAUGAUGCGAGUGACAAGUACAUUGAGGCUUUUGGCCACCGGUACCAUCACUCGGGCGAGAUAUUCCUGCCGUUUGACGAGGACGAACAACGCCGUAUGGAGAUCCAGCACCGACUUUUCAGACGCUGUUUGAACGGUGACUUGACAGCCACCAGACUUCCACUGGAGAUCGAGCGAAUCCUGGACUUGGGCAGUGGCACUGGCGUCUGGCCCUUCGAGAUGGCUGCACGUUACCCCCAGGCCAAAAUCACGGGCAUCGAUGCAUCGCCCAUACAAAGGACCAAUGCUGUACCACCCAACGUCGAAUUCGUCAUCGAUAACCUCGAAAACCCGUGGCCUUGUCCUCCGGCAUCUCUAGACCUUGUCCAUGCACGGAGCAUCGCUGGAGGCGUACGAAACUGGCCGGGCUUGUUGAAGCAAGCUUACGACAAGCUGAAACCCGGCGGGCUGUUCGAGCUGGCUGAGAUAGCUAUCCAAAUUAGCGAUUUUGAUCGCAAGUUUCAGGAGGCCGAGAUAUGCCCUGACUUUCUGAGGACUUGGCGCGACCUCAGCAAGAAAGUAGGCAUGGAGUUCGACCCCACGCCUCACGCUCCCGGCUGGUUACUUGAAGCUGGUUUCGAGAAGAUCGUGCAACGGAGCGAGAUCCUACCGCUUGGUAAUUGGGCAAAGGAUGAUAAGCUGAGAGACCAACAGGCCUUGAUGAAUGAGAUAUUAUCCAAACAACCAUUGCGGCUUGUUAUUCGUGAAGAAUGGUUGGACGAGGUCCGAGUUCGAUGCUACGGCACCUACGUUCUUGCAGGACAUACACAAAGUGCCGGCCAGGCUUUAUACUACAGCUGUCUUUACGACUGCAAGGAAGCCGCGUCAGAAGUAGAAGCAGCAACAAGCGGUUCGCGGAGCCUCUACUCUGAGGUCGACAUCACAAUGCCAAUGCGUCAUUCGUCCUGUCGGAGCAGCGCACAGGUCUACAAGGAUAAGAGUAGUGUCGGUUACCAAGGGCCGGUUCGCACUCUCUGCUCGGCAUUCGGAGUCGACACAUCUGGAGUCGACAUGAUGAUACAGACAAGAGUCUCGGGCGCAAGCCAAUCACCCACGCUCCGCUCAUCGGCCGUCCUCGUUGGAGACGUACCGUAG